ACGGAAAUGGACGGCCCGUAGCCAUGGUUACCGCGGCUUAGAAGGGACGGAAAUGACGCAGCAACCCGGAAGUUCUGGCUGCCGGGUUAUCCGGGUCACCUUUGUUACAUCACACGCCGGGAGGCCGACAGUAGGAAGAAGAAGUAACCGGAGAACCAGUGAGCCGGAGCCCCGGUGUGCGGACAUCAUGUUCUCGCUCAGCAGCACGGUGCAGCCGCAGGUUACAGUUCCCCUAAGCCACCUCAUCACUGCCUUUCACUCUCCCAAAACUGCAGCGUACUUUCCCAGCUCUAUUCAUGUCCUGCAGCGUGAGGUGACCGCCGUCAGCGAAACUUACACUGCUGAGCCUACAUUUAAUCUCCGGGACCUGGGCUUGUCUGAACUGAGACUUGCACAACUCGAUGAGCUGUUUGAUAGGCUUCUUCCCGGCUUUUAUGCUGAUAAAAAGAAAACCUCAGCCCACUGGCACACAUCGCAUGUAUCUGCACAAUCCUUCUUUGAAAACAAAAAUGGCUACCCCAAUACAUUUAGUGCCCUGCGACCACACUGUAAGCAGCAGCCGCCGAGCCCACUGAAGCAAGUCUGUGCCAACCUCAGUCGCUGGCCAGUUUAUAUACAGUCUCGAGGAUUCAAGACCCUGAAAACAAAGGAACGUCGUCUGCAGUCCACCUCAGAACGCUUUGCUGCAGCAGAAAGUGCAGCCCCCUCCUUCGUGAAGGGAUUGUUGAUGAGAGAUAGAGUUCCAGAUGUAGAAAACAUCGACAAGAUCAUUAAAAAUAAAAAUGUUCCGGAAGGACAGCAGGAUGCAUUUAAGAACGGGUUUGCAGAGGGCUUCCUGAAGGCACAAGCUCUAACUCAGAGGACCACCGAGUCACUGAGAAGAACUCGGUACAUCCUUCUAGCUGUCUUCCUGCUUGGAAUUUAUGGCUUCUCAAAAACACCAUUUUGGCCAGCUCGAUUCCGGACAUCAUCUGGCCUCGAUACAGCUGUUGAUCCGAUUCACAUGAAGAAUGUAACUUUCGAACACGUGAAAGGGAUUGAAGAGGCAAAGCACGAGCUACAAGAAGUGGUAGAGUUCUUGAAAAACCCUCAGAAGUUCACAGUUUUGGGUGGCAAGCUUCCGAAAGGAAUCCUUCUGAUUGGUCCGCCAGGGACAGGGAAGACUCUCCUAGCUCGAGCCGUUGCAGGAGAAGCUGAUGUUCCAUUCUAUUACGCUUCUGGUUCUGAAUUUGAUGAGAUGUUCGUAGGCGUUGGAGCUAGUCGCAUUAGAAACCUAUUCAGAGAAGCAAAGUCCAAUGCACCGUGCGUUAUAUUUAUUGAUGAGUUGGAUUCGGUCGGUGGUAAAAGGAUUGAAUCCCCCAUGCACCCAUACUCCAGACAGACCAUUAACCAGCUCCUUGCUGAAAUGGAUGGAUUUAAGCCCAAUGAAGGUGUCAUUAUUAUCGGUGCAACAAACUUUCCGGAAGCCUUGGAUAAUGCUUUAAUCCGACCCGGCCGCUUUGACAUGCAGGUCACUGUCCCCAGGCCAGAUGUGAAAGGUCGAACCGAAAUCCUGAAAUGGUACCUCAGCAAAAUAAAAUGUGACGAGUCUGUGGAAGCUGAAAUAAUUGCCCGCGGUACUGUGGGGUUUUCUGGAGCGGAGCUGGAGAAUCUGGUUAACCAGGCGGCAUUGAAAGCUGCUGUAGAUGGGAAAGAGACUGUUACAAUGUGGGAACUGGAGUUUGCGAAGGAUAAAAUACUUAUGGGACCUGAAAGGAGGAGCGUGGAGAUAGACUACAAGAAUAAAACAAUCACUGCCUAUCAUGAGUCAGGACAUGCUAUCAUUGCUUAUUUUACUAAGGAUUCCAUGCCUAUUAACAAAGCCACAAUUAUGCCUCGUGGUCCCACACUCGGACAUGUAUCUCUUCUGCCAGAGAAUGAUCGGUGGAGUGAGACCAGGUCACAGCUCCUGGCUCAGAUGGAUGUGAGCAUGGGUGGAAGAGUAGCCGAGGAAAUAAUUUUUGGCCCGGAGAACAUUACUACAGGGGCGUCUAGUGACUUUGACAGUGCAACAAAAAUAGCAAAACUCAUGGUAACAAAAUUUGGAAUGAGUGAGAAGCUUGGUGUCAUGACUUAUUCUGACACCGGAAAACUCAGUCCCGAAACACAAGCUGCUAUUGAGCAAGAAGUUAGAAGUAUGCUGAAGGAUUCCUAUGAACGGGCAAAGCUUCUCCUGAAGACACACGCCAAGGAGCACAAAAACCUGGCCGAAGCGUUACUAAUGUAUGAAACAUUGGAUGCCAAAGAGAUUAAGAUGGUGCUAGAAGGAAAGAAGCUGAAUGUCAGAUGAUAUCUCUAAUACCAGUGUAUAGGACUCUGAACUUCUCGUUAUUUUUUGUCACUGCAGCGAAUCCAUUCUUUAUAGUUACAUAAUCCUCUCUUAUUUAAGGUAUUGCGCAAUAUUCCUGAGUUUGAAAAUUGAGAAUUUAUUCCUUGCAUAUUCGACUGCAACUGUGAUGCAUUAGGCAGCAUUUUAAAAACAGGUUUGAGUACUCAUACAGAAAGACAGAUGCGGGUAAGAUCUCAGGGCAUGAUAUGUCGGGUAACUGGGGAUGUGUGUAUAUAUCCCACCAUGCUUCACAUAUGGGCAUUACGUCGUCCUGUGCUCUAGAACACUGCACGUUUCACUUUUCUGCAGAUACACUCACUGUUCACAUUAUGUUGCCUCUGGUUGUUGAGCCAGCUGCUGGCAGUCUGUACAUUAAAGUAGUUACCAGCUUCCACUGCUUAUCACCUGUAGUGUACUUAAAUGCGUCAGUCUGCAUAAAAACAAAUGGCAAUAUAGAGCAACAUGUUCAGGAGAGAAGCUCUUUCUGAAUCAUGAGGACAUAAACAUAAGAUCAACAUAAAUAAUAUUAAUUUAAAAAAAAUGCACUAUUGAAUAUGGGGAAUCUGGAUAUGACUGGUCCCUAAAGUUUCUUUACUCUGAAACUCUCUGCACCAAACUGCCAUUUAAACUGACAUUACAGGCUUUAAAUAUUUGAAUAUACAGAAGAAUGGAAUGUUUGUGUGUGUGUGUGGAAAUAUUCCAUAGAAAUUGGUGACAUUAAUCUAUUUCUUUAAAUACAAUUCAAUCACCGUUAACCAAACACCAUCAUCUACGGUUUGCAAUAACAUUGAUUGGACUGGACAAGUAUCCUGAAUAUUACAUUUGGUUGUAAAGUUUUAAAGAGUUUUUAAAGUUUGGAAUGAUUAUUGAAUGCUGGGCAGGUAUUGUCAUUCACCUGGCUUCUCCUUCAGUGAGUGGAACCAGCCACUGACAUCCAGUCCACUAAGAGGACGGAAGACAUCGGUAGUUUGGUUAGGAUGGACUCUAUGCAGCUGAUCUUAUGUCUUCAUUUUGUAUCCUAAUACAUCUAUUUUAAUAUCUGGUCAGAAUGACAAUUGAUGCACAACUAACUGUGUAGCUGAAUAUAUUUUUGUUUGGAAUCUAGGAGUUUUUUUUACUCCUGUCCAAAGCAGCAAUGCACUUUUUCAUUUAUAAUUGCCUGCUUAUCACAAGUCCUUGGCAAUGCCAUUUGAUUCCUAUUCUCUGGUCACAAAAUGAGAUCUACCAACCUAUUCCUUUUUGCAAGUAAAGGUCUCCUAAAUAUUUGAACAAAGAGCGAUAUGGUUUAAACUAAUGUAGGGUGAAUCAUCCGGAAAUGAACGGUUAUGGCAGUUCUCUUGUUUAAGAGGAUGGGAUAUUGGAAGAUACAACAUAAAAACAAAUUUGAGACCUGUCCACCACCAUUAUGUCACAUUUUUAUAAUUAUCUCAAGAUUUUUGGUUUAAAGAUUGAAGUACUAGUUAGAAUUGUACAACCAAAAAAGCAGGAAAGUAUCGGUGAUUGAACUCACAAAGCCAUCAAGAGUGCACACAAGUCCAGUGAAUCAACAAUGCGACUUACUUUUAAUUGAACAAGAUAAUUGUUACGAUUGGCUGAGCAGUUUAACCUUGAUUAAAUGCACUAAACCUGAAAAUGUUCAUUCACUAGCUGAUUCACCUUACACUGAAAAUGCUCUUUCUGUAGAUUUAUUCAGUUUUUUUUCCUGCUCCCCAUCCAGUUAGUACAAUCAUAAUUCACACACUAAAAUUUAAUUUUGACUGGAAUUGAUUCAUAUAUAGAAAACAAAAAGGUACUUACCCUGGACAUGCUAUACAUUAAAUCUGCUGUAGACCCAUGUGGCUCUGCCGGAAGUUCUCAACAUUCAGCCUGUUUAGGAUUGAUUGGGGGAGAGGCAUCAACAACUGCACAGUCUGUUAGACCAAGGCCAAAUGUUAGCCUUAGAGAAGACAGUGGUCUCGUUAGUGCAGUCUAAGAUACCUCAGCGGAUCCAAGGUUGGUAUCGACCUCAGAACUCAUUCGUAGCCAACUAAAAUUACUAUUUGGUUGGGAUUCUUUCUACUUUUCUUCGUUACUUUCAUUCAGUUGCAUUAUUUUAUACUGAUUACCACCUAGCAUGUACAAGUAUAAUUCGGAGCUACGUUGCUUUUUCGUCCUGACCAUUGACAUACCUGUUUGAAUACAGUAAAACACCAAUACGGACUGUUUUAAGCUCUUAAUUGUUGGUGUAUUUAAUCAACCAGCUAUAUAAUAUCUGACCAUUAAAGAUCAAUUGUAGCCUUGGCACUUCUUUUACUACUCUAGGGAUAUAUCAAGUUUAUUUUGUGAUUUUACUGCUAGCAGUGUUUAGUUAUAAGAGCCAGCGGCGGCCAUGUUGUUGUACAGUGGAACUUCUGGAACUCUGCCAACUGUGCUUUCAGAUUUGGAAUGUAACACAUAUUCCUACCUGUGUAUAUUGAGGCGUAUUAAGCAUAUUUAAACAUGUAAAUAAAUGUAAAGUCUUAUGGCUAAAA